AUGAAUGAAAAAAUAGAUUACAUAGGAAUCGCAAGUUUUGGACCUAUAUGCUUAGAUUAAAGUUCUGAUUAAUACGGAUAUAUAACAACAACUCCUAAAAUAGCCUGGUAAAAUUUUCCUAUAUUAUAAAGAGUGAGCGAAGUGAUAAGAUACAAUUCUAAAAAUUCUAUAGGAUUUGAUACAGAUGUCAAUUCAGCUGCUAUUGCUGAAUUUCAUUUCGGAGGACAUGAUACUAAAAAAUCAUUAGCUUAUAUUACUAUAGGAACUGGAGUUGGUGUAGGUCUAAUCAUUGAUGGAUAAUGUGUACACGGUUUAACACAUCCUGAAGGCGGUCAUAUUUUGGUAAAAUUAAAAGAAGGUGAUGAAUACUAAGGGUAUUGCAAAAAACAUUAAACAUGCGUUGAAGGAAUGGUUUCCAACUUUGCUUUAGCAUAAAGACUUAAUAUUUAAGAAAAUUAAUUAAAAAAUGUUGAUCAUAAGCAUGAAGUAUGGGAUUAUACAGCUUAUUAUAUAGCUCAAUUAUGUUUAAAUUUAACUUUAAUUUGCUCACCUGAAGUUAUUGUGUUAGGAGGUGGAAUUAUGCAUAAAUAAGAUAUUCACAAAUAUAUUGUAAGACCCUUUUUCGAAAAUUCAGGAUUGAUUGGAACGAUGGUUAUUUGA